CACACACGCGCGCGCGUAACGUAAGGCAGUGAUGUGCCAUAUUGCGUUGCGUGUAGCCAUCCGCUCUGCCUGCCCUGCUGUUUGUUUACAUAGUGGCUACUGACUACUCCAUCCCUUCCUUGCACGGCUCUCUCUCUUUCUCUCCGUUCUUUCUGGGGGAAAAAAAAAACAUGGCAGCGAAUGGAGUGGUGGUGGUGGUGGAGUUGAGCGAACCUCCCGCCAACUCCGGCCAGGCGAACGGCGACAAACUCUGCAAAGAAGUCGCGAGGAGCGAGAAUAAAACCGCGGACGAAGAACCGGCGGCAACAGCGCCAGCAGCAGCAGCCGCACAAGCAGCGGCAGCAGUGGCGGCGGCGGCAGCGAAAGAUUUGAGCCGCGCCGGCACCGCCGAUGGCUCCAUCGACGAUGCCGCGGACCCCGGGAAGGGUUGCACGCCCGCCAAAGCGGACGACGAGUGUGACGUUCUCUUCCUGCGCGACGACGGCUCGGCGGCCGCCGCGAUGAUGAUGGGCGGCGGCGGCGGCGGCGGCGGCGGCCGGGCGCUCGCCAACUCGGUGGACGCCGUAAUCGAGAGCGUGGUCAUGGGGACGGGCAGUGUGUCGGUGCACCCGAAGCGGAGGAGGCCCAGCCGGGGGCCUGCGCCACCGCUCUUCGACGACCCGUCGCUCCCCGACGGCUGGGUGAGGAAGCUCAAGCAGAGGAAGGCGGGCCGCUCCGCCGGGAAAUACGACGUGUACAUAUUCAACCCUGUGGGAAAGCAGUUUCGCUCCCACGCGGAGCUACGCGCCUACUUCAGCAAGACCGGAGAGACCACCCUGCAGCCCGAGGACUUCGACUUCACGGUGGCAGGACGAGGGGGCUCCGACGGCAAGGGAAACGGCUCCCUGGCGCGCCCCUUCACGUCCUCCAGCUGCUGGGGCCUGGGGCGGGGCAGAGGCCGCGGCAGAGGCCGGGGCAGGGGCAGGGGAAGGGGAAGGGGCAGGGGGCGAGGAGGUCGGGCGCUGACGGACGCCGUGGGCCACGGCUUCGCGAGGGGAAGGGGCAGGCCCCGUAACGACCAGCAGGGCGGCCCGUACGUGAAGAGCAUCGUCGUGAAGCUGCCCUUCUCUCUGGCCGCCGUGGCGGCGGCGACGGAGCCAGGCCCGGCGGGAUCGGCGGACACCGCCGCUGUCGUUCCAGUCAAACGGAAGCGUGGGCGGCCGAAGUUGAACAGGGAUCCUUCGCCGACGCCCGUUCCGCCGCCAAAGAAGCCGAGGUUGGAGAACGCGGCGCCGGCCGAGGGCAAGCGGGCGGCGGACGGGAAGCCGAUCGCGUCUUCCUCUGAGGUUUCUCUCAAAGCGGCGGCCGUCGCCGCUGCUGCUGCCACCGCGCAGGUCCCCGCGGCGGGAAAGCCUCAGGAGAGCAGGCCGCCCGGGACCAGGCCAGAGUCUGGCACGCACCCGAAGGUCAAGCUCAAGUUCUACAAACAGAGGUGCAAGAACAACUCGGCUGAGAAGGUCAAGAACAAGGAGGAGCCGAAGGUGCUGUCCAUUUUAGUGAAGGAGCCUGCAACGGUCGACGAGAAGUCGCAGACGCCGCUGCCAGAGGAGAAUAAAGUGUCGGCGUGCGCCGUCGUUAAAGAGCAGCCGACGCAGCCGACGGUUGUGGUGGCAGACAGCAGCUCAUCAACAUAACGACGAGCGCAGGGAGGGCAAGCGAUGCGUGAGGCGACCGUGAGUGUCUGUGUUCGCCCGGCGAAACUUACUGGCUGCAUUUUUUUUAUCAAAACUUGUUCGUGGAAGGAAAAAAAAAACACGCAAACAUCCACAAGGACGAGCUGGUGAUCGGUGGCUGAACUUAUCCCAGCUGAGUGUCAUGAGUCGUGCGGUAGAGCACGUCGCUCUCGGCGGCACGCUCGCCACCGCGGUCCCAAAACAAUUUGAACACGGCCUGGCAGAUUUCCCACGUUGGGCUUGCUCCAGAGCACACUGACAAGAGUAUACGUUACGACAUCUUUACGUUGCUAUAAUCGGCCUAUAUGCCGCGUCGGGACUUGCAUCUUAAUAAUUUCUUUUUACUCGUGAAGCUGUUUGGUUUCUUUCCCUGCGAAGCCGUUUCCAUCGUUGUUUCUGCCGCUCAUGAGUCACAGGGUGGCACGUUUUUUGGAAAUGUCCGCGGGUGAUGUAAAGUCAUUGCCAGUGUAAAAUAUUGCUGGAUGUGGGGGUUAUCAGUGUUGAGGGGUCAUUCCAUGGUCGGCAGAGUUUUUCACAUUUUUAUUUCACAGCACCUGGCUUGAGCAUUACCCUCCAGUUGGUUCAGGUGUUUGCAGUUGUCGGCAUUUUAGUUAUGCACAAUGCCUGGCAAUCACGUGGAAUGUGCUGCCUACUCUUUCCACAUUUAAUAACCUUAAUUAGUAAAAAAAAAUGUUGUUGUUCUAUUGUUCAAGUUCGGGAUCGUGACAUGAUCCUCGGUAUCCAUUUUUCACGUGAGAUCAUGUAAAUUGGUUUAAUGCAGCCUUUUUUGGAUCAUGAUCAUUGCAUAAAGAAUAAAAAACAAAACACACAACCUCCAAUUAAAUGUAUUUUAAAAUAAUGUACAGCUCCUGCGCCAAUCCACUGCCCGAUGAAAGCCUCCCCACGCCAUGUUGGUCAUGAGGAUUGUUUUAACCAUACUUCCCCAUGCCGGCCAGUGCGGGCCGGUAAAGAAGGGUGGGUUGUGGGGCACCUGGGGCCAGUUCAGAUGUCACUCGUUACACUGAUGUGGCAUGGAAUUGAACUCAGGUCGCCGGGUUUCACGGUGCAGUGCAUUCACCACCGUGCCACCGCUCCACACCAGCCCACGCCUCCUGUGGGCGAGUUACACAUUUCGAACAUUUUGUUGAGAACCAAACUUUAACUAACCUGGUUUUAGACGCGAAAUUAUGUUGUCAUCGAAUCGGCCGCGCUGAGCCGGUUUGGCGUCGAAGCCGCAUGCUCACGCUUUUUGUGGUAGCCGUCCUGCACAAGCAGCGCCCUCCAUCUCUCUCUCUCUAGACUCCGGCAAAUUUUCCCCCAAGGAGAGUGAGUCGUGCGUUUUGUGAACGUUCAGCUUUCUUCCCAUGCACGGCCAUUCGGUAUUGUACGGCGCUUCCCCCAACACCACCCCCCAGGUGCAGUGAAAGUUCCUGUGCAGUGCUCUCUUGUUCUCUGUUGAGGCGUCGGCCCACGUCCCUGGUCUUUAUCAGAACGGUUCGUAGAUGUACAUAGAGUAGUAUAUUUUGUUGUAAUGUCCCGAGGGGUAGGUAAAUUUGUUUAAAUUUUAUUUACGUAAAGGCUGCACAGUACAUACACACACUCACACACGUUUUGCAAUAAUGUAUAUCGUUAAAAGUUGCCUAUAUUUUUUAUUUAUUCAAACGGCCGCUGUAAGUUACUGUAGAAGGCUGCGCAUAAUCGAGAAACGGUAUGGAUUAUUUAUUUUCAAAUAUAUUAUAUGUAAACUCAAAUAUAAUAACGGGAGCGAUAAAAAAACACAUUGUAUUUUUAGAAAGGCGUGCUCGCUGGGACUAAUGUGGAACCUCUCGAAAUGUUCCUCCAGCGCCCUCCCAAAAGGAAAUUAUUCUCAUGAUAUUAUUGUGAAAACAAAACGCCAGGCGUGAAGAUCUACAGGCAUAGAGCCGUAACUUCGUAGUCGGUGUGGUGACUGACGGGCGAGGGAUUACACAACAAGGGGGGGGGGGAGACUUUCCAUGGCUCCAUGCUUCUCCGGCACACAUUACAUAAUGACACACUGUUGUGUGAUGUCUUUAAAAUAACACCACUGCUGCACCAGCUGGCUUCAUCAGAAACGCCAGGUGUAACAUUCGGUUAGAAAAGGAAUCCAUCAACACCUUUGAUCUAAUCUAAUUUUAUAUUUGUAGAGCGCAUUCACUCAAGGCGCUUAACGUAGCUACAACAACAAAAACCCUGACAGAAUGGAAUGAUUUAGAUGGCAGGGGAUGUGUGCAAGGGGUUGAGGAAUGAGUGACCCCCGACAGAGGGCGUACUUAGGGAUCACGAAAGGGUCGGGGAGUGGAGGGGGCGAGGGCACGGAAGAUGAAGAAAAUGGGCAAUAGUGAAGGGCAGCUUUGGUGACACUGGCAGGCAGGGUCGGAUUACGUUGGAGGAGGGCCUCGGGCUCUUAAAAUAGUUUUUUUUGGGGGGGGGGGCCCUCUUUGUCACUCCAAUUCCUUCCCCUGACUAUUUUACCACCACCCACACCCGACACCAAAGGCUCCGUACUAAUUAAUUUAAUUUAAAUUCUAGUUCAUAAAAUGUGAUAUACGAUCAAUUAACGAUAAAUGUAAGUUGUUCAAAGGAACUAAACUUUAAAAAUCGGCACAGCUGGUUAGUGAUACACACGGUGAUGUUAUGGCUCUAAUUUCGAUGUUACUUAGAGGAUUUAUCAUUAUGUAGCCGUAUUUAUAAAAUUCCGCAGGCCUCUCAAUAUCUGAGGCCCCUGGGCAUGAAUUAGCCACUCUCCUGAGAGUUCAGAAGUUUGGCCAGUCCAUAUCCAAGUGCGUUGCGACUCAAGUCCUUACGUACGUAUGUUGUUUUCUGUAUAGGUUAGCGUCGAGGUUAUGCGUCAAAUCCAAACACGUCCACAUAGUGUAACGUGUCGUACGCAUCUUUUGAACGCUACAAUGUGUAAACUGCACUUGGCGAGUGAAGAAAUUGAAUCUGAACACUGCAGUUCACAGUAUUGUUUUGCACAAACGCUUGCAUGGGAUCUGAUAGCACCAACUCACACAAGCACUUUGAUUAUAUCGUGUUCUGUGGAUUAUAAGAUGCACUUUUUCCCCUUCACUGUAUAUUAAAGCGAUUGUUGCAAGUGUAUUUUCAAAUCCAGCCAGGUGUGUGUGUGCUUGUGACGAAGUUUAUGUAACGUUAUUGACACCGGGCACAAGUUUGGGGUGCGUCUGUUCCGGAGCGUCUUACAAUCUGAAAAAUACGGUAUUUAUAUGUAUAUAAAAAUCAAAUCAAAAUAUAACAGUUGAGGUAGGUAAUUAAGAUGGUCUGAGGAACAAAAUGCAGAGCUGGGCAGGUCUGGAGGUGACGAGGUUCCACUCACCACCCCGCGAUGUUGCUGUAUUAUUCCACCCUCUGUGUUUGCAUGCUUCAGAUGUUGUGUUUACUGAGCGUUAAUGCCGACACUUAGCAACGAAUGGGAGGGAUUAGUCCCAUAAGGUCGGUGAGACUUGCUUUUUUCAAAAGAACACUUGAGGCAUGCAAAUUGAGUGCAAUUCCGCCAGGCGUUAAUUUUUGUUUAUAAAAACGAUUGCGCUUCCUGCAAGCAAUUUAAUUGUAAACUGUUGAACCGCCUGGCUUAUUGGCACAAGACCCUGGUGAAAGGUGAGGAAUCACAGAUUGACAAUGGUUUGUCUUUUCAUUCCUUGCAUGGCAAGAGACUCAAAAGCACUACUACAUAUGCUAAUACAAGCUAUGUUCUAUUAGAUAUUAUUUUAGCACUGCUAUCGAUUACUCUACCGAUGAUCAGUUCAAUUACUCGAUGAAUCAGAUAACACAAUCACCUCUUUUCCCAUGUCUGCCACUGGACGGGAGGCGAUGGGUAACGUCAUUGGCCACAUCGGCCACGCAACGCAGGCAGGAUGUGGGGGUGGCCAUCAUUUUUAAAGUGGCCCGAAAAAUCGACUACAAAUAAAGUAGUUGAUUUAAAUAUUUAGUCAACGCGUUGACUUAAUCGACUAAUCGUUCCAGCUCUAAUUGGGGCAAUCCAGGGAAGAUUGUGUGAUUUGAGCUAAUAUUGUUGUUGGGUGUUCAACUCUUGUCUUAUGCUCUAUGUUAAUAUCAAUGAGAAAAGUUUUCCUGUUAUAUACUAAUGACAUUAUCAUAAGUUGCUCCUAAACCUGGUACAUCUAUAUAUAUCCUUACAUUGUACAUCCAGUAUAGAUGUGGCCUCACCAGCUGUAUGAGCUCAUUGUACGAAAAGCUUAUAAUCAACGGUCUCUUUUCCAUUGGCACAUCUGCUCUCCACCAGGGCUGAGCUAAGCCAGUCCGGUGUGGGUGGUCAGGUUGGGCCAGAUUUUUGCACCGCAGAAAAUUAGCUGUGGCACUGACGUCACACGCAACGAGCCGACACGUAUGUGGAUGCAUGGUCGGGUGCGACGGUGGCCAGAUGUUAAAUCCCUCGCCUGGUAUACAGCAGAUCGUGAGUUCGAUCCCGAGCCCGACGCCUGAUGUACGUUUGGAGGUUACGUGUCUCUCUCCCCGUGGUUGCGUGGUUUUUCCCUCCACAUUUAGAAACAUGCGUUGAGUGUUUGGCUGCUAUACAUUUCCAUUGAUAAAGCACUUUGUUGAGCUAUCAUUUGUGGCUCGGUCGCUUCUGAAAAAAGCUAUGUAGGUCAGUGGGCCUCACCUGGUAAAAUAAAUAUAUAGUUUAAUUUUAUUUUUUUUUAUUUUCGAUGAUGCGGUGACGCUGUGUCCUCACAGUGAUAUCAGACCCAAUGGACACAUCAUUAGCCCCACCCAGGUUCUGCUUGGCCCCCAGCCAGAUGAAGGGCGUUUUAGGAGGCCGACGUAUCGUGGUUUGGUUCUGGCUCGGUAUGGCAAAUAAGCCAGGGGGAAAAAAAAAUCACCCGUACCGUUAUGGCCCCAUGGUGGCUCGACUCCGAUGUUCCAAUGGAAAAAGAGUAAACUCGACUUGUGGCAGUGUGUGACUCGUCAGCGCUUGCAGGUAGAUGAUGAAUUUGCUCGAUUAGUGUAAACAAUGUUACGUUUUUCUUCCGCGUCAAUUGGACAUGCAUGAGCUUCUUUGCUUUGCGACUCCGGUGAUGUCAGCAUGGCUUCCUAUCUUUUAAAUGGAACCCGUUAAGCAGAGCACCUUGUUAUUUAUACAGUGGAAUAGGUGUGCAAUUAUAUGUUUACAUAUACAGUAACAUGCUGCAUGACGAUAAACGUUUAUUUUUGCAGUUUGGGGAAACAGUAUAUUACAUAUAUAUCAUAGGGGGACAUGAGGCAACAUUUAAAUUCUGCUCGGUCACAGGGCAUGGUAUAUGAGAGAUAUAUAUAAAUGUAUAGAUAUUGUACUCUGUUACGAACGAGAGUUCGGCUUUCCACUUCAGUAUACUGCAUGCAUUGUUGCCAACCUAUUCACGGAAGUGAUCUCAGCUUGUAGCAUUGUAAAUAAAAACACUUGGCUUUUUA